CUCGUUCGAUUCUGACGCAAGGCACGCCCGUCUUUGAGCUUCUCUCUCUUCGGAAGUCUGAGCGCCCUAGUUUGAGGAGAAAUCAAGCGGCAUUUGGAUAAACUGAGGUCCUCUACCAACUGCAGCAAUGGCUCAGAAUAUGAACCUCGGUUUCCGGUUAAACGAGUCACCAGAUAUUCUGCUGAAAGAGCUGGUUCUCUCGCCGCUCAUUUACAUCCGAUUCCUCGGACUCCUGUGCUCCAUCGUAGUGUUUGGAUGCAUAUCUGACAAGGUGGAGCUCAAUGGAUACUGCCGGUACAACAACAGCAAUGCCUGCAGUUUCGGCGUGGCUGUUGGAGUCAUAGCCUUUCUCCUCUGUCUCGUUUUCCUUGUCAGAGACGUCGUCUACGUCGUCAUCGACUUCAGAAACAACGUCAUGGUAAAGAAGGUGAUAUUGGUGGUGGACGCAGUGGCAAAUGGUCUAUGGACGUUCAUGUGGUUCGUGGCCUUUGUCUACUUGACCGACCAGUGGAGAAAGACCUCCGUGAAGGAUGCAUCUUCCCGCAACUGUGGCAACAGUGGUGUGGCCUUCUCGUUCUUCUGCAUGUUCAUAUGGGUGAGAAAUAAUUACAUAUUAUGUUGGAGCCGUGUUAGCUCGUAAGCGCUGGCAUGGAUAACUUUGUGUACCUGGUUACCUCAGAUCAAUUGAUCCGCGCAUCUCGCUCCCGAUCCCAUGCCUGGUAUAUAAACUGAAAGAAUGGUGAAGAGUGCGUAGUCAGAAAGAGAGGAAGAAAGUUUGAAAGAAAAUAUAUUAUGCUGGAGAGAGAGUAGCUCUGACCUAGUGCCCCUGAGAAAGCUUCUUAGAAUGAAAGGUAUAUGCAAUGUAGUGGAAGCAAGCCCUGUGUAGACAAUCCCUGCUUAGAUGAGGGUCCAUUUUUUGUUCAAGUGGUCUUAUCCCAUUAGAAUGUCAUCCUUCACAUACCCAAGUACACUUUGAAUGUUUGCACAUGCACACACGCACACACAC